AUGCACCGGAGCCAUGAGGGCGGGCAGCCCCGGGGACCGGGCCGCCGCGCCCCGGCCGGCGCCGAGGCGGGCAAGGCGGUUUAUAUAGGGUGCCCCGCGCUCGCCCGGCGCAUGGAGCCGCAGCCUUCCUCUCCCGCUCUCUCCUGCAAGGUGAUGCCGCCGGAGCCGCUGCCCAAGGGGAACGUCCGCUGCCUGGACCCACACGCCCGAGCCAUGUCCCAGCCCGACGGGGAGCCGCUUCCAGGUGCCCUGGAGAAGGAGGACGCCCGCUCAGCGCCCAGCACACCCUCCACACCAUCUGUCUGCUCCCCGCCAUCCUCCUCAUCCUCCACGCCGUCGGCCGGCAAGAACGUCUGUUCCAGCUGCGGGCUGGAGAUCCUCGACCGGUACCUGCUCAAGGUGAACAACCUCAUCUGGCACGUCCGCUGCCUGGAGUGCUCCGUGUGCCGCACCUCGCUGCGGCAGCAGCACAGCUGCUACAUCAAGAACAAGGAGAUCUUCUGCAAGAUGGACUAUUUCAGCCGGUUUGGUACAAAGUGCGCCCGCUGCGGCAGGCAGAUCUAUGCCAGCGACUGGGUGCGGCGAGCGCGAGGCAAUGCCUACCACCUCGCCUGCUUCGCCUGCUUCUCCUGCAAGCGGCAGCUCUCCACUGGCGAGGAGUUUGGCUUGGUGGAGGAGAAGGUGCUGUGCCGGAUUCACUACGACACCAUGAUAGAGAACCUCAAGAGAGCGGCGGAAAAUGGCAAUGGGAUCACGCUGGAGGGGGCUGUGCCCUCAGAACAGGACAGCCAGCCAAAGCCAGCCAAGAGGGCUCGCACCUCCUUCACUGCCGAGCAGCUGCAGGUCAUGCAGGCACAGUUUGCUCAGGACAACAACCCCGACGCACAAACGCUUCAGAAGCUGGCAGAUAUGACAGGGCUCAGUCGGAGAGUCAUUCAGGUUUGGUUUCAAAACUGCAGAGCCCGCCAUAAAAAACACACCCCCCAGCACACAGUGCCACCCUCGGGAGCCCCCCCGUCCCGCAUCCCCUCCUCGCUCUCUGAUGACAUUCACUACUCGCCCUUCAGCAGCCCGGAGCGGGCCCGCAUGGUGACGCUGCACGGAUACAUAGAAAGUCAGGUACAGUGUGGACAAGUGCACUGUAGACUUCCCUACACUGCUCCACCAGUACACCUCAAAGCAGACAUGGAAGGACCACUAUCUAAUAGGGGUGAGAAGGUCAUCCUCUUUCAGUACUGACUGCGCGAACUCUUCCUCACCUGCCCAUGGCGCUACCAGCACCACUGCCCCUCAGCCGCUGAAAUGCAGCCUCCAGCCCAAGGCAAUGGUUAUCAGUCAUGCAGGAGAAACUCAGAUCCAGCACUCUCAGUUAUUGCCAUUGACCAGCACCUAACAGCCACUAUUAUUUCUCCAGCGACACUCUGUGUAUGUGUGUGUUGAGUGCAGAGUUACAUUUUUCACUUGUUUCUUGUGGACUUGUAGAAUGACCGUGAGUCUCUCCAAGGCAAUGCCAGACACAGUCAAAAUUAGUGACUCUACUGUGCUUGCAAAUCUUGCUCCCAUCCCAUGGGAAUAUGAAUGAACAAGAACAUGCUGAGUCUCAGGGGGAUCGAUGGUCACCUCUGAACAUAAAGGAAGGAGGAACUGAUGUGGUUUGGCCUGAUUCUCUUUUUGCACCAGUGAAGCACUGUCGGUUCACGGACAUCCCUCCUUAUUUCCACUUGCAUGUGUGAAAUCUGAAGUGGUCUUUUUGGCUCAGCAACUCGAUGUAUACACAGACCUUCCUGAGCCAAACUCGUGGGUAGCCAAGACUCCACUAAGUGGAAAACAUGAUGCCAGCUGGAAAUAGGCAGUUUUUCUUCCUUCUCAAAGUGCUUUAGAAUCACAUGUCCUUUGAUCACUCUAAGGUAAGUAAAUCUUAGUGUUUUUCCCCCCUGUUUUAUAGAAGGGGAAACCAAGAUGUCCUAAACUGAGAGGAACUGUGGGGAUUGGUGGCAGAGCCAGGUUUAGCACCCUGAAGUUUUUGAUUGUUGACUUGUUCUUAGAACGCUGAAAAUCUCUCUCCUCUCACAGCCAUCUGCCAAAUGGUUUUAUUUGAUUUUGGUUUUGGUUUUUUUUUACUCUUGUUCUUUAUUAACAAGCUACUUCAUUUCCUUGGAGUCAUAUUGGAUCACAAAUGGGUGAUUUCAGAAUGUACCUAAACAAAACUCUCAGACACUCCAUACUCUGAGAAAGCCAGAAAGGAAGCUGGCUGUAAAGGUGUUAGAAAUGUUCUGCCCUGGUGUGGAUCCAGGUUCAGUCAGUGGGAAAAGCGGGGUAGAAACUGGAGACCAGUUAAAAAGGUGAAAACCACAGUAAGGCCAGCAGGAAUGGUAGCUAGCUGACUGGACAGCAAGGUGAUGGGAUCUGACAGUGUUGCUCUGAUUCCCUCUGCCCUCUUGUUGCUCUCCCUUGCUGGAGUGUGGCUGUUGCUCCUGCCAAAUCCUCGGACACAGUUGCAUCCUAGGGGACUGCUGCUGUAGGGGCAGGCACUGCAGGGCUCAUUGUGACAGCGAAGGAACUGCUCAGCAGUCUGGCCCCAAAGCAGGAAAAAAAUCUCUGAAAUGAUGCUUCAUUGAUGGUAAUAACAAAAAGUAAACAAGUAACCUUUGCCAGCCCUUCUCAGUUUGCACCAAGCCAAGAGCAGGUCUGUAAGGAAACCUCUCUCCACACAAGCACAUGGGUCUGUCUUGCUGCUAAGUGUCUGUGAGGCUGCACUUCCAAGAAUGUGAAAGCCUACUAUGAGCCACAGUUAGUGCAGAAUAUGGCUGGACUGUGCCUGAGGAACAGAAGACAGGAAUCCAUCCGUUAUAUAACUUGUUUUUAAUCUGAACUGUAGAUACACGUGAUUUUGUCUCUGGGAGAUCCUGGAUCAAUCUCCAACAUCGUCCGGGUAGGCAGCCAGCCCGUGGGUUUGGCCAGCCCAUAUCACACACACAGCAGGCCCCCUCCUGACCGUGCCCCUGGGCUCCAAGUGGCACUGACAGCUGGACACGUAGCUCUGCUCGCUGCUCUGUCCCAUGGGCAAUAGCAUAAGGAGAUGCAGAUGUCUGCUAUGGUGGCCACCAAGGUCUUUCAGUUGGAGAAGUAACUGAGUACAAGCAUGCAUUGAUAUUUGUUGGAACAGACAUACACAUACACACACACCCCUCUGUGUGUGUGUGUAUGCAGUAAAAAAUAUACAGAGAGAGAAAGAGUGUGAUGGCAAUACCUUGGACAGUUAGGCCAGUAUUCUGUCUAAUUGCAGCUAGCAGCUCUAUCCCCAGUUUAAAAUAACAUGUGAAAGAAGAGAGGAAAUCAUGUCCACAAAGUGCUGUUGUCACCUCCUGAUGCGCAAAUAAGCA